AUGUGUGAUAUAGAAGUUCAAAUACAAAAACUGGUGGUACAUUUUUGUAAGAUGUUGCCAAACCAUGUAAACAAAUGGGAAUCGGUAAUAAAGGACGCUAAUGGACCGUUAAAAGCGCUUGUAAAUUUUUCCGACCAGCUGCGCCACAUUGAAAUGGCCAACAUAAAAGAUAUUGAUGAUUUUUGUAAUAUACAAAAUAAACUUCAGUAUCAAAUCCUUAGCUCUAUAGAAGAGGAGUUUAGUUUUUUAAAGCCUAAAAUUGAAGCCCUAAAUACUGCUAAUCAUGAGCUAAAAAAUAAGUUAUCAGAACUUGAAAGAUCAACUAUACCUUUGGAUUUUGACAUUGGCUCGCCAUUAAUCCAUGGUACAGCAAUUCAACCAUCGUUAUCACGUGUGCUAAAAAAUGGAUUACAAUUUUGGACUUUUUUCUCGAAUGCAGUUAAGAAAAUAAAUGAAAGCUUUAAAUCCUUUGAUGUUAGGAACGAAACAUCGGUUCAAGAGUUGGAAAAUUCCUUUAAAAUUAAUAUAAGGGAUGAACGACUUACGUAUUUGCUUGCUUUAACUCAGUAUGUAGAUAAUGAAAGAGCUAUAACAUAA